AACAGAAAUAUCCUAACCUACAAUUAUAAGUACACCGCAUAGAAGAAUACUCAACGUAUUUUAUACAAAAUGACUGAAUGUGACAGUGUUAAAAAAAUAACUAAACAGUUUUUAUGCGCUGUUUCUUUGCCUCAGUUUAAUUUUUACGACUUAUUGAAUAACCCAACAAUAGAAACACAGCAAAUAAUUUUUAAUAGCACGGUAGAUUCAGAAAUUGUUUCAAAAUAUCCUAUUGAUGUUAAUUAUCAAAAAACAUUCGUAAAAUACAUAUUGAACGUGCUGGAAAAACAGGAAACUGCAAUUGAUGAUUGUGUAUAUAAUGCGUACGGCCGAUUGGUGGCGCUACCAAGCAACAAUUACUAUUUUAAACACUACAUGGACAACAAUGGAAAAAUUAUUAGUUUAAAAGAAAAUGUUAGUAUUAUUUCAGAAGGAACAACCGGUUUAAAAACGUGGCAGGCUGCCUUAGUUUUCUCAGAGUACGCAUUAAAAUAUCCCGAACGAUUUCAUGGAAAUAACAUACUGGAGUUGGGAUCAGGAGUUGGACUGGCUGGUUUAAUCAUCACCUUAAAUUGCCAUCCAAAAUCUUUUCACUUCACUGAUUGCCACGCCUCGGUUUUGAGCACUCUAUGCGAGAAUAUAAAAUUAAACAUUCCUUUAAGCGAAGAAAAUUCAAUAUGCAACUUUGAUGAAUUAAUAUUGAAUGGAAUUACCAAAGAAGGAACAGUUAAAGUGUUAAAUUUACCGUGGGAAAAAAUUGACAAGGACAUUUGCGAAAAACUGGGAAACAUCGAAAAAGUAGUCGCAGCAGAUGUGAUUUACGACAGCGAUUUGUUCAAACCUCUGAUCAACGCGAUUAAAUGUUUAGGAAGUUGUUGCAACGUUCAGGAAUUUAUUUUUUCGUGCACUGAAAGAAACAAGGACACGUUGGAUGAGUUUUUAGAUUUGCUGAGUAAGGAUUCGUUCAAGAUAGAAGAAUUAGAUGUUCCCAGAUAUGACAAUUUUAUUUGGUGUAAUGAUACACCAGUUAGACUUUUUUCUUUUAUGAAGCUGUAAUAAUUAUUUAUUAUACUAUUUAUUUUAAUAUUAUAUCAUUUACAUAUUUA